UUCAUCGUCGCGUUUGGAAGCCAUUACCCUCGUCCGCGCUCGUUCGCGCUGUAGCAUCGUGCCAUAUUCCCACAAGCACUCCAGACCUAGCAGCGUUUUAAUAGUUAUAAGUGAAAUAUUAUGAGAGUGAAAAACGAAAUGGACGACGACGAAAAGGGAAAACUGUUUGUUGGAGGUUUGUCGUGGGAAACAACCCAAGAAAAUUUGCAACGUUACUUCAGCCGAUAUGGCGAUGUUAUCGAUUGCGUCGUGAUGAAGAAUAGCGAAUCUGGUCGCAGCCGCGGCUUUGGAUUCGUUACCUUCAGCGACCCUGCCAAUGUUUCUUUGGUUCUACAAAAUGGACCGCAUCAGCUGGACGGGCGAACUAUUGACCCGAAACCGUGCAAUCCCCGCACUUUGCAAAAACCGAAACGAAGCGGAGGUUUCCCGAAGGUCUUCCUCGGUGGAUUGCCAAGUAAUGUUACUGAGACCGACUUGAGAUCUUUUUUCACUCGUUUCGGCAAGGUCAUGGAGGUUGUCAUCAUGUACGAUCAGGAGAAAAAGAAAUCCAGGGGAUUUGGAUUUCUCAGCUUCGAAAAUGAUGAUGCAGUGGAUGUAUGCGUCGCCGAGCAUUUCGUCAAUCUGAAUGGAAAACAGGUUGAGAUUAAGCGUGCCGAACCACGAGAUUCGUCGAGCAAGAUGAAUGACGGUCAUCAGGGACAGUGGGGCCCACCGCAACAGGGUGGACCGCCAAUGGGAAUGGCUGGUAAUAUGGGACCCAUGGGUGGACCAAAUGGACAGAUGGGUGGGCCAAUGAUGGGCGGACCAAUGGGCCCUCCCGGCAACAUGAUGCAGCAAUACCAGGGAUGGGGUACUAGUCCCCAGGCGGGUGGUUAUGCUGGGUACAGCACUCAGUAUAAUACUCAGGGAUGGGGAGCUCCACCCGGACCGCCACAGCAGCAACAGAUGCCGCCACCGCCUCCUCAAUGGGGCAGCAGCUACAAUGUGCAGCCAGCUGCAGCGACUCAAGGCUACGGAAGCUAUGGUGACAUGUAUUCGAGACAAACUACUGGAUCUGGAGCUCCUGGCUCUAGCAGCAGUUCAGCCAAGACUCCGGACUACAGUGGGUAUUCCGGUUAUGGUAGUUACGCGGAUACGAGUUAUCCUCAGCGUUCUUAUCAAGGCGGAGAAAGCAACCAAGGGUCAGGAUAUACUUCGCCGCCAUCAGCCACUCCUGAAGUAACUCCGGGAGCCACUGAUGGGUACACUGGACCCGGACCCAAAAGGGGUUAUACAGCAGCUACAACUGCAACGGGCAACAACAAUUAUCAUCCUUACCGUCGAUAGAGGAAUCGAGUCACGAGAUUUCCUCAAUUCUUCUAUUACUAUUUAGAUUUCAAGCGUACUAAUCGUUUAUAAACUUCGCAUUCAUGACGAGAAAUGUAUUUUUUCACUUUACUUUUUGUUGGAUCGUUUUUCGUAUAUCUCUGCUCAAGGAUUUCCAAUUUUUGUUCAUGACGAAAAGUAGAAUUAUGGUGUAAAAACAGUAUGAUACUGUUGCCUUUUAUAUUCGAGGUUAAUGUCUGUGAAUAUUUACUUUUUGGUUGUUGUAGAAACAACGGAUCAAAGGAAAAUUUAGGGUAACUUCGAAAGCUAAUUUUCGAAUUGGAAUUGGGUAGAGAUAAUUUUUUAUUGAUAUCAUUUUUUGCCUUUUUUUAAGUGUUUAUUUUAGUUUUUAUUUUUAUUAGAUGUAGACAAAAUUAAAAUUAAAACGAUCCAUAAAAAGGACUUUCUUAUGUUUUGCAUGAUUUUGCAUUUUGUAUCUGAUAAGAAAAUAAUACGAAAUUCAUUCCAAAAA